CCCGCGCUACCAGCCCCGGCCGGCCGGGAGGCGCAACUCCCUGCACGACCCCGCCCGCGGCGCGGGGGAGGGCCGGAUCGGUGUUUCCCGCUUCCCUUCUCCUCCUGCCACUCUAGCCCACAUCCCAGAAAUGGGCCCCAGAAUCAGCCUGCCCUCGUUAGCAAGUCCAUUGCCUUUAUACCGAUCGGUAUAGCGAUCGUUAUACCGAUCGCUAUACCGAUGGCUACAGCUGUUAGGAUGGCGGCAAUGGCCGUUCUACCCAUAGCAGGCAGCCAGACCUUGCAAAGGGCGCCCCUGGACUCUGCGGAGGAGGAGAGGACGGGAGACUGCGAGGGAGAAGAGCCCUCCUGGCCCGGAUCUGUGUUUCCCGCUUCCCUGGAGACCCACUUCAGCGCCGGACGCCUGGCCCGAGGGGAGGAGCGGGAGAGGGGCCACCACCAGCCUUGCACUUGGCAGCCCAGCAGAUGAUGAGCUUCCCCCAGAGACGGGCCGAGGGGCCACCUACCCCCAAGCCCCCCCCCCCAAUGCUUAUAAAAGCAAAGGAGCUGAGGACGGAACUUUGCAGUUGCAUCUGCUCCCCCCAGAGGGACUGGCAGCUGGGAGGCGAGGCUUGGGGGGCACGAUGACAACAUGGGCGCAGCCGAGGGCACCCAAAGAUGAUGAGGUGGCAGGACUUCCUGCUGCCUUGCCGACUUCCUGGUCACAUGGGAGCGAUUGUGCGCCCCCCCCCCCGCACGUGACCAGAUUAGUGGUGCCCCAGGACAGAGGCAAGGCAAGGCAGAUACACCACUGUAUCCCAAGGCAGAUACACCACUGGUCACUCUAGUCUUGGCCUCUCUACCACAGCUUCCACUUUGCUUCUGCAUACAAUUCAGAGUUCUGACCUUCAGAGAAGAAGAAGAGUUUGGAUUUAUAUCCCCCUUUUCUCUCCUGCAGGAGACUCAAAGGGGCUUACAAUCUCCUUGCCCUUCCCCCCU